CGCUCGGAGCAUCCUUCCCAACAGGCAGGAAAAAACGAAGCCAAACACUCAAAAGUUUUCCUCUGACUCGCCAAGUCAUGAGUCGACAUGGAUAAAAAGGAGAGGAAACAACUGGCGUUAACUUUCUUUCCCCCCCCUUCGCUGAAAAAAGAAUGAUAACACAGUCUGCACUUUUGGUGGUGUUUUUGUGUGAGAGGACGCGAAAACGUUAACGGUGGAAAAGUUUGAGGCAGCGUCUGACUAUGGCGCGGGAGAGCGAAGAAGACACCGGGAUGGCCAAAGCUUCCAAAGCCAAAAGGCAGCGAAAGAAAAAGCCCAAGGAGAACAAAACCCGGACUGUUCAUGCAAACAUCCACUAUGACAACGCCAAGGGAGAGGAAAACCCCAACAGACACUACGCCAGCAACAAAAUUAAGACCACAAAGUACACCCUGCUGUCAUUCCUGCCGAAGAACCUCUUCGAGCAGUUUCACCGCUUCGCCAAUGUUUACUUCGUCUUCAUCGCUUUGCUCAACUUCGUGCCGGUCGUCAACGCCUUUCAGCCCGAGCUCGCCCUGGCUCCCGUGGUUUUCAUCCUGUCUGUCACGGCCAUUAAGGACCUGUGGGAGGACUACAGAAGACACAGGUCGGAUAAGGAAAUCAAUCACAUGGACUGCCUGGUGUACAGCAGUGAGGAUAAACGCUACGUGGAGAGGUGCUGGAAAGAAGUGCGUGUUGGAGACUUUGUCCGGCUGCGAUGUAACGAGAUUCUCCCCGCCGACGUCCUGCUGCUGAGCUCCAGCGACCCAGAUCGUCUGUGCCACAUCGAGACGGCCACGCUGGACGGGGAGACCAACCUGAAGCAGAGGCAGGUGGUCCGCAGCUUCUUUGACCUGGACUGUGACUUUGACCCAUUAAAGUACAGCAGCGUAAUUGAAUGUGAGAAGCCCAACAACGACCUGAACAGAUUUCGUGGCUACAUAACCCACCGAAGCGGCAGAAGAGACGCUCUUUACAAAGAAAACCUCCUCUUGCGAGGCUGCACUGUCCGCAACACGGAGGAGGCUGUGGGAAUAGUCAUUUAUGCAGGUCACGAGACCAAAGCCAUGCUCAACAACAACGGCCCGCGUUACAAGCGCAGCAAGCUGGAGAGACAGAUGAAUGUGGAUGUGUUCUGGUGUGUCAUCAUCCUCCUGGUUAUGUGCCUGUUUGCUGCUAUCGGUCAUGGGCUGUGGAUGUUUCAGUACGGAGAUAAGAGACCUGUGUUUGACGUUCUUAGUCCUGAAGGGACAGACUUAUCACCCAUCAUGUCAGCCAUUUAUCUCUUCCUCACUAUGAUUAUCGUCUUUCAGGUGCUGAUACCCAUCUCACUUUUUGUGUCAAUUGAAAUUGUGAAGAUCUGCCAAGUGUACUUCAUCCAUCAGGACAUGGAUCUGUACGACGAGGAGACAGACUCUCAGCUGCAGUGCAGGGCACUUAAUAUCACAGAGGACCUGGGCCAGAUGCAAUACAUCUUCUCUGACAAGACGGGCACGCUGACGGAAAACAAGAUGGUGUUCCGACGCUGCACUGUGGCCGGGGUGGAGUACUCCCACGAUGCCAACGCCAGAAGAAUCGCCAUGUAUCAGGAAAUUGAUUCUGAGGAGGACGAAUGUAUGUCCCAUGGUGGCACGCUGCCCAGACGGGACAGUGUGACCAGCCAUCAGAGCGGACGCGUGGUGCUGCGCUCCCACAGCACCAAGUCCCACCGCAGGACAGGCAGCAGGGCCGAGGCCAAGCGGGCCAGCAUCCUUUCUAAACACACGGCCUUCAGCAGUCCCAUGGAGAAAGAUAUUACUCCUGACCCACAGCUCUUGGACAAAGUCAAUGAAUGCAGCAGUCAGAUGGACUUCAUGCGCUUCCACCGCCAGCCCAUGUCCCAGUUGCCCUCUGACCUCUCCGACAUAAUCGAUUUCUUUAUCGCUCUCACGAUCUGCAACACUGUGGUGGUGUCCUCACCAAAUCAGCCCAGGCACAAGGUCCGAACAAGGUUUGGAUUGAAGUCUCCGGUUAAGACCAUCGAAGACUUCAUCAAACGCUUCACCCCCAGCCGCCUGACCUCAGGCUCUAACAGCAGCAGCUCUUCCAGCCUGAACCGCUCUUCCAACAAGGGAUGCUCCAGCUUGCUUUCCUCUCCCUCCGCUGAGAGCACGCUAACCAAACUAAAUGAGGAGCAGCUCUCCGGCACCUUAGAGCACGCUUUCACCCCCGUUCCGCCCUGCUACGACGAAAAGGCGACCGGCACCCCCGAGGAAGGAGAGCUGCGCUACGAGGCAGAGUCGCCCGACGAGGCUGCGCUGGUCUACGCCGCCAGGGCUUACAAGUGCUCCCUGGUUGGGCGCCUCCCGGACCAGGUGACGGUGGAACUGCCUCACCUGGGGAAGCUGACGUUUGAGCUGCUGCACACGCUGGGCUUCGACUCCACCAGGAAGCGCAUGUCGGUGGUGGUGAGGCACCCGCUCACUGACCAAAUCACAGUUUAUACCAAAGGAGCGGACUCCGUCAUCAUGGACCUCAUCAGACCCUCUGAAACAGGAAACUCCAAAGGAAAGCGGCAGAAAAAGAUCUUCUGCCGGACGCAGAACUACCUGAACCUGUACGCCGCGGACGGCCUUCGUACUCUCUGCAUUGCAAAAAAGAUUUUGAGCAAAGAGGAAUAUGCCCGCUGGCUGCAGCGUCACCUAGAGGCUGAGACAGCCAUUCAGGGAAGAGAGGAGCUUCUCUAUGAGUCAGCCUUGAGGCUGGAGACAAACCUCCACCUUUUAGGAGCGACCGGCAUUGAGGAUCGGCUGCAGGACGGUGUCCCUGAAACGAUAGCUUCGCUCCGGAAAGCCGGCCUGCAGAUCUGGGUGUUGACAGGUGACAAACAGGAAACGGCAGUCAACAUUGCCUACGCCUGCAAACUGCUGGAUCCUGACGAGGAGAUGCUAACCCUGAACGCGGACUCCCAGGAGGCGUGUGCUGUGUUGCUGGAGGAAAGUUUACAUUACAUCCAGGCCAAAGUCUUCUGUAGCUCCGGAGACCAAUCCAAGACCUUCCAGAAUAACGUGGCACACUUUGAGAUUUAUCCCUCCUCCUCUCUUUCCACCUCCUCCUCCCACACCGCUCACUUCUUGGUGCACCGGUUGGGCUUGGUGAUUGAUGGGCGGACCUUGGCCUACGCCUUGGACAAGAGCUUGGAGGAUAAGUUUCUGGCGGUUGCUCGUAGCUGCCGCUCGGUGCUCUGCUGCCGGUCCACGCCGCUGCAGAAGAGCAUGGUGGUCAAACUGGUGCGGAACAAGCUGAAAGUCAUGACCCUGGCCAUAGGCGACGGCGCUAAUGAUGUCAGCAUGAUCCAGGUAGCGGACGUUGGCGUGGGGAUAUCUGGACAGGAGGGGAUGCAGGCGGUGAUGGCGAGCGACUUUGCUCUCCCUCGUUUCCGGUAUCUGCAGAAGCUCCUGCUGGUGCAUGGACACUGGUGCUACUCUCGACUGGCAAACAUGAUCCUGUAUUUCUUCUACAAGAACGCUAUGUUUGUUGCAAUUGUCUUCUGGUAUCAGUUCUACUGUGGGUUCUCGGGCUCAGCCAUGAUCGACCAAUGGUAUCUCAUCUUCUUCAACCUGAUGUUCUCCGCUUUUCCUCAACUCAUCACUGGCACUCUGGACAAAGACGUGUCGGAAGAGACGCUUCAGCAACUACCUCAGCUCUAUGUGAACGGCCAGAACUCUGAGGAAUAUAAGCCAUAUAUGUUCUGGAUGAACAUGAUCGAUGCCUUUUACCAAAGCCUGGUGUGCUUCUUCAUUCCUUACUUUGCCUACGCUGACUCAGACGUGGAUCUGUUUACAUGGGGAACUCCCAUCACUGCCAUAGCUUUAUUCACCAUCCUGGUGCAUUUAGGGAUCGAGACUAAAACCUGGACCUGGAUGAACUGGCUGUCUAUAGCCUUCAGCGUAGCCCUAUUCUUUACUGUUGCUCUGUGCUACAACGCCUCCUGUCCCACUUGCUACGCUCCCUCAAACCCCUACUGGACCAUGCAGAGGCUGCUGCAGGAGCCUCUCUUCUAUCUGCUGUGCACCAUCACACCUGUGGCCGCGCUGCUGCCUCGAUAUUUCUACAGGGCGUGUCAAGGCACACUGUUUCCAAACCCGGUGCAGGCUGGAAGGCAGUUAGAUAAGCUCCCUUCCGACACCCGCAGGAACAUCCUCAGUCUGAGCAGGGUCAAGAUGGGGUCACCGCUGAGUCCAGAGCCCCCCUUCCUGUCGCUCAACAAAUCCAAAGGUUGCCAGAAGAGCAUGUCUGGCUCCAGAGCAUCACAGGACAAACAGGGUUCUGUACUACAGACUAAUAAAGAGAAGGUUCCAAAAACGCCAUUGGUGUCUUCACAUGGUGAGAAACACCUCUCAGAUGUCUACCCGGUAGCUCCAUCAGAACAAGACCUUUCUCCCUACACCAGCCCCCAGCUCUCCUGCCAGCCAAAGCCACAUUCUGCCAAAGACUCAGACUGCCUGGAUGAGACUUUACAGCCAUCAGAUCUCAGUCUGUCUAGUUGGAAUGCUUCCACACCUCUGGUGACACAGACGGACGCCGUCCACCUGAACCUGCCCCCCGACGGACCUUCAGAGUGCGUUAAAUACACCAGGAGCUCAGAGGAAGGACUCUGCUCCGACCACGUUGUUCAGCCGGCACACAGGACUGUGCAAGUGGCAGAACAGGCUCUACACACUGCCUUAUGAUGUCUUACAGUACAACCCCUGCCAAAAAAUACAGAGUCACUAGUUUUGGAUGAAGUACAGUCGGCUGGUGUAUUUCGUUGUAUAAAAACUAAUUAUAACGUUAUACCAGCUGAACAUUCUGCAAAUAUAUGUACUGCAAAAAUUUGUAUUCAAUGGCACAUUUUUUUUCAGGACAAGUAGAGGAAAAACUGUGAAAUGACUCCAUGAUUAGAACCAGGAACCAAAAAAAAAAUCACUAUUUCAUAUAGGGUUGAUAAAUGGAUGGCGCAGUAAUAUUUAUUUAGCAAUGCUUCCAGCAUUGUUGUAGAAACCGAUCAACUGCAUAGACUAAGUUUUUAUUAUUUAUUUAUUUAUUCAUUUAUUUUUUCAGCCAUAAAUAUUCAACUUUGACAGAGAUCCAGAUUGGAGGUGCACCAAUC